AUGUUGAAAAAGAAGGAAACCCUCACCAUCAUCACGCCCAUCCCGGGCUUCAUCCCGCGACAGCUCGCCAUCGAUCUUCUCCACUCCCACGGCGAGAUCAUCACCCUCAACCCCCUCGUCCUGUCGCACAAGCCCAUCCCCGCUCCUCGCCAUGCCGCCGCCGACGAGUACUACAGCACCUGGUACGAGAUCACAGAGCGCAUCCAGUACAUCCCCGGCCUCGGAAAGAUAGGCUCUGGAAAGCUCACCUUUAAUGGAUGUUUUCACGAUAUGCCGUGGGGUAUGCAGUCCCAUAUUUAUAUCCCGCUCGGUAUCGACAUGCGAAACAAGUACCGCAUUAUGGGCAACCAGCCGGGCAUUGAGCCGCCGGAGCAGCCUGAGCUUGGACUUGAACAGCUUGGUGCGCCUAAGGAAGGGCUUUAUCUUCGCACUGAUGUCGAGCUCAAGUGUAACAUCACCCUGAUGGGUUUCGUCAAGGCGGAGUCGAGAAAGGCUAGUGUUGAUAUGGUCAACCGGAUGGUUAAGAAGGCCGAGUUGCUUGAUGCUGGUCUUUUGAAGGCCAUGUUUGAGGAUGGAAAGCUCAAGACGUAUAACCCUAAUGAUCGAUCGGAGGCGAGUCAGGCGAGACAGCAGGCUUUGAGACAGCAGACUAUGUCGGAGGGUCAGUUCGCUGCUGCUGCUCCGCCCGGACCUGGACCCAUGAGCCCGGGUCCUUCUUAUGCUCAGCCCUACGCAUAUGCUCAGCAGCAACAACAACCUCAUCUCCAACCCCAACCCUCACCAACAUACCCAUACGCCCGUCCCGACGCCACCAACCCCCAAUAUCCCCAAAGCCCAUACGGCUACCAUCCAGGCCAAACACCUCCGCCCAACGCCCAAUACCAACAACAAGCACCACCCGUGCCACCAAAAACCAACAUCCAGAGCUUCCCCAUGGAACUCCCCGGCGAUUACUACCACCCACAGCAAUCACCAAACCUGCAACAACAGCCUAGUCCUGGACAUGCACCCAGCAACUAUCGUAACUCUACGGGAUCGUAUGACCCGCGAUGGUCGCAGUCUAGCCCAUCGGCUGCUGAUUCGCAUCGAGCGAGUAUGUAUUCGCAGCACUCGGCGGGAUAUCCGUCGCCGGCGCCUGCACAGCAGAGUUUUGCGGCGGAGUUACCGUCGCAUAAUGAGACGUCGGAGGAGCAUAGGCAUUGA